GAACAAAGACAGAAGAUGAGUUUUAACAAUAAAGAUAAGCAAAAAUAUUGCGAAGAAAUUGACGACGACAAUGAUUCGUUCCACUCCUUCGCACAGAGCGAUUUCGAUUCAGUCAUCUUGGAAUCUCUUACCGACAUAGAAAACUCCACCACAACUGACUCACCGAAAUACGAGAAAAAUGCUGUUAAGAAAGAUAGUACACAAGCAUAUAUGAAGCGAAGCUUUCAGGCAGCCUAUUCUACUCCGAAGUCAUCUGACAGCUGUAUCUUGGAUGCAAAUGCUCCCUUCGAAAGCCCAAUUCAAUAUCAAACCCCGGAAUUGCAGCCGUCGCGAGAGAGCUUGAAAAAGUCUCAUUACAUGGUGGAAGGCAAUUCGGAAAUACCUGAUAUGAAUCUGUUCAACAUGAAUGCAACGCCGUCAAACAAGAACGAUCCAAUGAAUGUCAGUAUCGACACGGAAGUAUUGCAAAAGUAUGCCUUUACAGAAAUUUGGCUUGAGGAGCAACAAAACAACCCGGGAAAAAAACGUUCGCUGCACCGGGAAUUUACGGCCGCAUUGGAUAAUUAUUUCCAUAAAGACAAAACAGUCAAUAAACUAAAAAGUAUGACGGACGAGGAGGAAUUUGAUCGAAAAAAGGGCAACUUAAACACACAAGUUGUUAUAAAGCCCAGCGAAUUAACUACCCCUACAUCGGCCAGCUUUCAAACUGUUUCCGAAAGCACCCCGUACGUGUCGCCUUUCGAAGACAUGCCCACAGUACACGAAGAUAUGAUAUUGACCGGACCCAAUGCCUAUAUUACUGUGCCAGCUGGUUUUGAUUUGACUAACUUGGUGGAGUACAAAAAUCCCAAUCAUUGGCAUCGACGUCCCACUACUCGAAACGAUUAUCACCCAUAAUUAUAAAAGUGCAAGCCGGAAAUUGCAUUAAAUAAUAAGUCACAUUGA